AUGCGCAACGGUCUCUUCCUUCCAGUGUGCCUCCGCUUCCUCUCACCCCCCGCUUCUCCCAUCCGUAAUCAGAGCCGGCUGACGCGGCAGCAGAAGGAGCGCGUGAAGCAGUUCGUGAGCAGCACUGGGGCAAGGUGGGGCGCACGGGGGCAAGGUGGGGCGCACGGGGGCAAGGUGGGGCGCACGGGGGCAAAGUGGGGCGCACUGGGGCGCACGGGGGCAAGUGAGCGCGAUGCGGUGGCAGCGCUGCAGGGCAGCGAGUGGGAGGUGGCGCCAGCACUGGCGCGCUACCAGGCGGGGGGGGCGCCCAUGGCCGCGCGGGGCGGAGGGGGCUUCCUGGCAGCCUUCACGGGGCGCUCGCACUUCCACCACCAGCAGCAAGGGGGGCAUGCCAUGCCGCCCCAGCAGCCACCAGUGGAUCCCUUACAAGAGCUCUUCCUGCGCUACAAAGAUCCGGAUUCAGAUAUGAUUCUCGUGGACGGCAUCUCGCGCAUGUGUGAAGACCUCGAGGUGGAGCCACAGGACAUUGUUAUGCUGGUGCUGUCAUGGCAUCUGGGUGCGGCCACCAUGUGCGAGUACUCGCGCCAAGAGUUCACCUCCGGCCUGCGCUCCCUGCGGGUGACGUCACUGGAGGCGCUCAAGGCGCUGCUGCCAUCAUUCCGGCGCGAGCUGCAAGACGAGAAUGUGUUUCGCCAAAUAUACAACUUUGCGUUCGCUUGGGCCAAGGAGAAGGGCCAGAAGUGGCUGGCGCUGGACACGGCCAUCGGCAUGUGGCAGCUGCUGCUGGGCUACCGCAGCUGGCCUCACGUCGACCACUGGUGUGACUUCGUCAGGGUGCAGCACAACAAGGCCAUAUCCAAGGACACCUGGUCGCAGCUCUUUGAGUUCUCCCGGUUGACGCAGGGGCAGUUGGAGCAGUACGACGAGGGCGGCGCCUGGCCGUACCUCAUAGACGAGUUCGUGGACCACCUCCGUGCUGCUGGCUCCCUGCCGCCCAACUGA